AUGGCAACGACGCCAGUUGGACCCCUCGCACUCUCCCGAACCCAGCUCACCAUCUCGCUCUGGGUGAUGCGCAGCUCAGUGCACCGGUUCCUGCUGGACAUCGCCGGCAGCUUUGCAGGAUUGAGACAGAAUGGUGUUGGCGAGCUGUUCGACAUCCUCCGGGCACACUCCAUCCACCUCAAGGUGAUCAACCUGGGGCCGAAAAUGCCCCAGGUGCUGCCCGGAGAUGCAGGCAGUUGGGAAGAACGAGAGGACUGUACUAAGCGGACAGUACACAAGUCAAUGGGCAGGAAGGCUCCCCACAAGCAACUGGCCACCAAGGCAGCCUGCAAGAGCACGCCAGCCACCGGUGGCGUGAAGAAGCCGCACUGCUACUGGCCCGAAACCAUGGCACUACGCGAGAUCCGCCAGCUGCCGUUCCAGUGGCUGGUGCGCGAGAUCACGCAGGACUUCAAGAUCGACCUGCGCUCCCAGAGCUCGGUGGUCAUGGCGCUGCAGGAGGCAUGUGAGGCCUACCUGGUGGGGCUCUUCCAGGACACCAACCUCUGUGCAUUCCCAGCCAAGCAUGUCACCAUUAUGCCCAAGGACAUCCAGCUGGCGUGCCGCAUCCAUAGAGAGAGAGCAUAA